AUGGAGUUAGGAGAAGGAGAGGAACAACAGAAAAAUGCAAGUAAAGUGGUUGUGUCAAAGAAUUUGGCAGAUUUACAAAGACUGAAGAUUGAAAAACUUAUGAAAAAUCCAGAUAAAUUAGCUUAUAUUCCAGAUAAAGGUAAAGAAAAAAUACCUAGAGCCUUCAAUCCUCCUGAAUUCGUUAGAAACAUUUGGGGAUCAAGUGCUGGAGCUGGUAGCGGAGAUUUUCACGUGUACAGAGGUGUCAGAAGGCGAGAAAAUAUCAGGCAAAAAUAUUUAGAAGCCAAAGAAAAAGAGGAAACCUUGAAUAAAAGGUAUUUAGAAAAAUUGGAGAAUAAUCGUUUGGAAGCAGAAGCUAGAACUGCAAAAAAACGACAAAAAAGGUUUUUUUUAAUUCUAGUUUUAUAUAUAUAUAUAUAA